AUGGCAUUCGCCAACUCACCUGUAUACAUGUUCGAGGUAGCACCCCCUCACGCCCGUGGUGCCCUGGUCGGCAUGCAGGCCGUUGGUGUCGUCUCUGUGUAUAUCAUCUGUGCCAUCUUCAACUUGGGUUUCAAUUUUGUUCACUCUACUAUCCAGUGGCGUCUCAUCUUCAUUGUAUUGACGGCCUUUGGUGUUAUCCAUCUUGCCUCUCUCUACUUCCUCCACGAGUCCCCUCGCUGGUUGAUGGAGCAUGGUCAUGAUGAAGAGGCUAAGGAGAUUCUUGUCUGCCUUCAUAAGACCAAAGCCGAUCCUAAGGGUCUGUUGGCUCAAGCUGAGGCUGUUCAGAUCAAAGCUCUUGAGACUGAGAGACAACUACCUUUUGGCUUCUGGUACAUCUUCACAACUCCCCAUCCUUUGAAGCGUGCCUUAGGGCUAGGGCAUAGUCGGAUGCGGUUUCAAUAUCUUGCUGCUUGA